AGGUACAUGGAGGUGAGCGGCAACCUGAGAGACUUGUAUGAUGACAAGGACGGCUUACGGAAGGAGGAGCUCAGCGCCAUUUCAGGGCCAAAUGAAUUUGCAGAAUUCUACAACAGGCUGAAACAAAUAAAGGAAUUUCAUCGGAAGCACCCGAAUGAGAUCUGUGUUCCAAUGUCAGUGGAGUUUGAGGAACUGCUGAAGGCCAGAGACAACCCCAGUGAAGAGGCUCAAAACCUGGUGGAGUUCACAGAUGAGGAAGGGUAUGGCCGAUACCUGGAUCUGCAUGAUUGUUAUCUCAAGUACAUCAACCUAAAAUCAUCAGAGAAAUUGGAUUAUAUCACUUACUUAUCCACAUUUGACCAGCUCUUUGAUAUUCCCAAGGAGAGAAAAAAUGCUGAAUAUAAGAGGUACCUUGAAAUGCUUCUUGAGUACCUGCAGGAUUACACAGAUCGAGUGAAACCGUUGCUGGACCAGAAUGAACUUUUUGGGAAAAUUCAGACUGAGUUUGAGAAGAAGUGGGAAAACGGGACGUUCCCUGGCUGGCCGAAAGAGACCAGCAGUGCACUCACUCAUGCUGGAGCCCACCUGGACCUCUCAGCAUUUUCCUCUUGGGAGGAAUUGGCCUCCCUGGGACUGGACAGGUUAAAAUCAGCUUUACUGGCCCUGGGACUAAAAUGUGGUGGAGUUACCUCAAUGAUGUUUGAAAGACAAAAUAUGGAGAACCAGUCAGGGGAUACUCUUUUUAGCACAAAAGGCAAAUCCCUUGAAGCACUUGAUCCUUCCUUGUUCGCUAAGAAUCCGAAGACAAAAGGAAGCAAAAGAGAUACUGAAAGAAAUAAAGAUCUUGCGUUCCUGGAAGCUCAGAUUUAUGAGUAUGUGGAAGUUCUUGGGGAACAGAGGCACCUCACUCAUGAGAAUGUGCAGCGUAAGCAAGCACGGACAGGGGAGGAGAGGGAGGAAGAGGAGGAGGAGCAGAUCAGUGAGAGCGAGAGUGAAGAUGAAGAAAAUGAAAUCAUUUAUAAUCCUAAAAACCUGCCUCUUGGUUGGGAUGGCAAGCCAAUCCCAUACUGGUUGUAUAAAUUACAUGGUUUAAACAUCAACUACAACUGUGAGAUUUGUGGUAACUACACCUACCGAGGGCCCAAAGCUUUUCAGCGUCACUUUGCAGAAUGGCGACAUGCUCACGGAAUGAGAUGCCUGGGAAUUCCCAACACUGCACAUUUUGCCAAUGUCACACAGAUUGAGGAUGCAGUCUCCU